CAUCGGCUACAUCUGAAAACCUACCAGCUAAUACAAUCAUCAGCCAGACCAAACUUUAUUAUAUUUUAAACAGAUAAAAAUAGUUCAACAGACAUCUGAAUACUACCAGCUACUACAAUCAUCGGCUACAUCUGAAAACCAACCAGCUACUACAAUCAUCAGCCAGACCAAACUAAAUUAUAUUUUAAACAUAUAAAAAUAGUGAGUAACACCUUUUUAAUAGAUAUACUAAAAUAAACUAUAUAUCACUAGAACUAGCCAUAAUUAAAUUUUAUAAAAAAAAGUAUUAUCCUUUUAUUUCGUGUUGGUAUCGUUUUAAAGCAAAAUUUAAAGUGAUAGAUCUGACUUUGUAUAGCUUGUUGUAAAACAUACAGAUAGAUAUAGGUAAUCAAACUAACAUUAAUUCUUCUUUUUAAAAGAUUCCAAAAUAUCAAAUCAUUAAAAAAAAAACCAAUUAAAACAAUUAUUAGCCAGAUCAGUCUUAAUCAUUUUCAGCAGAUAAAGGCACGAAGUUACAUCAGUUUGUUAGAAUUUUGUUUUGGUAUCGUUUUAAAGCAAAAUUGUUAACAUUAACUUUGACUUGAGUCAAUUUUGCAAUAGCUAGAUAAAACCCAGUUAAGGCUUAUUCCUGGGAAUAAGUUUUUCUAUAUUGACAUUUCUUCUUCUGAUAGUCUAACUAAUAACUAAUAACUGCUUAGAAUAGUUAACCUUUUAUCUUGGUAACGAAACUGAGUGCUACUUGAGCAAAACUUGUAACACAUAAUACCUUCUUGUUGACUUAAGUCUAAAUUAAUUAAAAAAAAUUUUCUGUCGAUCUAAAAGAUCCUGCUUUAAGAUAACUUACACCAGCUUUUACGAAAUUUAGUUUAAUAUAACCUACAACAACUUUUACGAACCCUCUUUUUAGAUUAACCAACAAAUGGAUUGCUUUAUUUGUAAUCAAAGAUUUGAUACCUUGAAAAGUAUAUCGACUCACUUCAAAGUAGUUCACCGAUUAGAUGGAGUAGGUGUUUACCGGUGUACUUUUAAUAACUGUACGUCAAUUACUUCCACUUUUUCAAAUUUUUCGCGGCAUUGUAAAACUCACAUUAAGGAUGGAUUGACACUAUUUUGGUCAUCCUCGAAUAUUGUUGAGAGUUCAGAUUUGCCUUCUUAUUCUGAAUUUGUAUCAGAUUCUUAUCGUAUUUCUCCUCCAACUGCAGUUUCUUCUGACACAAAUCAUUUUAAUCAAGUGAACACUGAUAUAGAUAUGGACAGAGAUAAUGAUAAUAAUCAUGAUAAUUAUAUUAAUAUUGAUAAAAUUGGAAUAAAGUUUGCUAUGAAAUUAUACAGUAUGGACAAUUUGUCACGCAAGGAUGCGACUACAAUAAUAGGAAUGAUUAAGCAAUCAAUUCACGAGCCCAUGAUAGAGUUCUUUAAAAUAUUUGCUAAUAAAAGUAACCGACCGAUCGAAGAUCGCUUACAGAUCUCAUCGUUAAUUGCAGCGGUUGAAAAGCCAUUCGAACUAUGCAGCACUGAUCACAAUCUUAUGCAAUGGCUGACAUUGAAUGAUUAUUUAUGUGCAGCUACAGAGUUCACUAUUAAUGACGAGUUACAAAAUGUUUAUCGUAAUGGAAUUAAUUGCCAUGAAGAUUAUACAACUACGGGGGUCCUCCUCCCACUUGAAUUUCAAUUCAGAAAAACUUUUGAAAAAAAUGAUCUAUUAAUUAAAACUAUCACAGAAAUCAAAAAAAUUUCAAGUGAUGAAUCGAAUAUCUCACAUUUCAUUAAAGGAAAAGCUUGGCAAAAAAAACUUGAAUUGUUUUCAUCUAGUGAAACUGUCAUACCUUAUUUCUUAUACAUGGAUGAUGCGGAAAUAAAUAACCCGUUAGGCUCACACGCCGAUCCUAUUUCAUUUAUUUAUUAUUCAUUUCCCGUCAUCCCGGGGAAAUCUGAUGUUAAUUUAGCUGCACUUUUCAAAGCUCGCGACUACAAAUCGUUCGGAAAUAAAAAAUGCCUUUACGCACUUAUUGAAAAAAUUAAAUUUUUGGAAGAAACCGGAAUUAAUAUAGCUACAUCUGAAGGAAUAAAAAAUGUUCACUUUGUAAUGGCUUUAUUGAUUGGUGAUAAUUUGGGUUUAAAUGCUAUCUUAGGGUUUUCUUCGUGCAGUAGUACAUUUUUUUGUCGACUUUGCAAGCUUCCAAAAAAAAAAACUUCUGAAAUGCCUAUUGAAGUGAAAAUUAUGCUGCGUAAUAGGGAGAAUUAUGAACAAGACGUCGCUGUUAACGAUUACAAACAAACGGGCAUACACGAGAAUUCAGUUUUCAAUUCUAUUAAAUCAUUUCACGUGACAUCCAACUAUUCAGUUGAUGUGAUGCAUGAUAUUUUUGAGGGCGUAUGCCACUAUAACAUGUGUCACAUCAUUCGACAUAUUAUUGAAAAGAAGUUUUUCUCAAAUUUGGAGACUUUCAACGACCGAAUUAACUCGUUUAAUUACGGAGAAAUUGAGAUCGGAAACAUUUCACAGUCACCAAUUACGAAUGACAAUUUAAAAAAUAUGCAUUUAAAGAAAACCGCGCGUGAAAUGAUGACUUUUGUUUAUCAUUUUCCCCUAAUUGUAGCCGAUCGUAUUCCUGAAAAAGACGAAAUCUGGAUUUUCUUCUUAAAUUUCGUAGAAAUCAUAGAUAUUCUUUUGGAUUUCAAUAUUUCGAAUGACAUGAUUGAUCACCUUGCUGAACUUAUAAGACAACACCAUCUUGACUAUGUAAAGUUGUUCAAGGAUACUCUUAAACCAAAACAUCAUUUUAUGGUGCAUUACCCAUUGGUAUUUCGUAUGUCGGGCGUGCCGCGAAAUUUUUGGUGUUUCCAAUUCGAAGCCAAACAUAAGGAAUUCAAGAAAUAUGCGCGAGUCAUUAACUGUCGAAAGAACAUUCCACUCACAUUAUCAAUUAAAUUUCAAUUAAAAUUUGCACAAUCGAUAUUAAAUGAGACUUCUUCUGAUCUUGUGACUUUCUCUGAUUGUCACAUGCUUGAUACUUCCCACUUUGAAUUGAUAAAUGAUUACAAAGUACGUCAGGGAAUCCACUCAGAUUUCUCAAGUUUCUCACAAUGCGUCUAUUACGGCAAACUAUUCAAAAAAGGUUACUUCAUUUCACAAUGUCUCGAUAAUGCAAUAGAAAAUGCGUAUAUAUUUCGUAUAAAAGAGGUAGUUAAGUUUUCCGAGCCAACUUUUCCGUAUUUAGUAUGCGAACGUGUUCAAAUAAUUGCUUAUCGAAAACACUACGCUGCAAUCGAAAUUGGCAAUGCCACUACACCAAUUCAAUACUUAUCUCAUCAUUUACUACGAAUAGAUAAUUGCAAAAGUCCUCCAAUAAAUGUUUAUAAAAUAUCUCGUGGUUUAAUGAUGAUAAGACCAAAAAUAAUAUAUUAA